AUGUCGCAGCCAUACGUCUUCCGCGGGAAUGGCAACGGUGACGGCCGGCGCGAGCGUGAUGGCCGUGGCCAUGGUCGUCGCGGUGGUCGCCAGCACCACCACGAAUUUACGUUCCGGGCGACCCCCUCGACACGGCCAUUACUACGAGCAAAGCGCGAGACCACCCCGGAAUUCAUAGGCGAUCCGGACAAUGAAGCUCCAGCAAAGAAAUUCCUAGCGCUUGAAGACCUUACGGACAGCGAGGAAGCUGAAAUGGACGUGUCCUCUGCUGAUGGGCACGACGAGCAGGACGAGAGCGCGCAGCCACCGCGGAAGAAACGGGCGAUUGAACGCGAACCCGAAACUGCACCGCCCGCGCCAAAAUGGUCAAAUCCUGAUCCCUAUACCGUACUGCCGCCAGAAGAGGAAAGGCAAGGGAAGAAGAGAGACUUCGUGAAGCUGAUAAGGAAGGCACGGAUAACGCCCACAGUCCUCGCGACUACAGAGGCCAGUAACCCCGUUGUGUCGAACGAUGACUUUAUAUCUUUGGGCGCGGAGGAGCCGGACCUGAAUAUGCCGCCGGAAAAUGCUCCAAGUGGACCGAGAGCAGCAGGCCUUGAAAGAAGUGAUUCGGCCUUGGGCAACCGGAAGCGAAAUCGAGACGACGAGAUCACUGGAACGGUGAAAAGGGGGAAGAAAGGGCCGAAAUUCUUUAAUGCAGAUGGCUCGCCCCUUGAUAUCUGGAGGUCGCGUGGUGGACAGGAUCCAACUCCUUGGUUCAAUCGGUCAGACUCAUCAGCUCUCCACGUAGGAACUAAACUACAUAAAGAAAUUCUAGACUUCUACCACUGGGUAAAACCCACAGAGUACGAAGACAUUGUUAGACGUGACCUGAUAUCCAGACUUCAGUCGUACUUUGGGCAAAGGUUCUAUGGCGCAAAACUAUAUGCGUUUGGGUCAUUUGCAUCAGGUCUGUACCUUCCUACUGCAGAUAUGGAUCUUGUGUUGCUCUCACGCCAGUUUAUGUCCUCUAGCAGGAAAAGUAUCUGCCAGAAAGUUCGGGAUAUAUACAGCUUCGCUGAAUAUCUCCGCGGGCUUGGAGUUGCAAUUCCUGGGUCGAUUGAAACUAUUGCGCACGCGCGCGUUCCCAUCAUCAAGUUUGUGGAUAGCCUCACUGGGCUUAAAGUGGAUUUGUCUUUCGACAACAGCAGUGGGCUAGCAGCUAUUGAUACGUUCAAAGCUUGGAAAGAAGACUAUCCGGCUAUGCCAGUCAUAGCCUCCAUUAUCAAACAAUUUCUUCUAAUUCGAGGGCUCAACGAUGUUUCCACUGGCGGAUUGGGUGGUUUCUCAAUUAUAUGUUUGGUCACAAGCAUACUUCAGCAUUUGCCUCGAGGAGUCGGAGAACCAAACCUUGGCUCCGUUCUAAUGGAUUUCUUUGACUUGUAUGGCUCCAGGUUUGACGCAGGUACGGUGGGCAUACAGUUCGACCCACCAGGGUAUUUCUACAAGAAUUUGCGUGGCAUAUAUAACGCAAACAAGGGGACGAGGCUUUCAAUAAUUGACCCCAACAAUCCAGAUAAUGAUAUCUCUGGUGGGACUAAAGAGAUUCCACGGAUAUUCCAAGCAUUUUCUGAUGCGCAUAACUCGAUAAAGGAGAACAUCUAUGCGGCUUCGUGCCGCCCACAAAAUACAAGCAGCUUGCUUGGAUCAAUAAUAGCUGCCAACUACGAUUCGUUCCUGGAGCAGAGAAAACACCUGCGUGAUUUUUUCGUUGGCGAUCGUAGGUUUGCAGGCUAUCAGGGCACUGUAGCGCUUGACACUCCGCCACCACCUCCGCCUCCUCUAAUGGCAUCUCCAACUCCGCCUCCGCCUCCACCAUCAAAUACCUGA